UAUGAAUGGAAUGAAAGCGAGCUCUUCUUGUUCAAGUCAUCCAUCGCCUAUGCCAUGAGAAAAUACUUUGCAAAGGAGAAGAAACAGGAAGUUAACUUCCAGGUUACAGACAUUCAUGUUGGGGGACAGACACAAAGGGUCUCCUUCUACCUUACUGUCAGCAUGCCAGGUAAUAUCAGUGAUACUGUGCCCAAAGAUGACGUGGAAAAUGCCAUCAGGAUGUCUCGGGGACGAAUCAAUGAGGCUUUCAGACUGGAUGAUAACACGCUGGAGUUUGUGGGCAUACUUCCAACCCUGGCCGCACCUUAUGAACCGCCAGUCACCAUCUGGUUAAUUAUAUUUGGGGUGGUCAUUAGCCUGGUUGUCAUUGGAGUUAUUGUCUUGAUCAUCACUGGGCAGAGAGAUCGCAAAAAGAGAGCGAGGGAAAGUAGGAGUGAAGCAGGAUCAAACUGUGAAGAGGUGAACCCUUACAAUGAAGAGGGAAAAAGGAACAUGGGUUUUGAGUCAUCUGAAGAGACACAAACAUCAUUCUAG